AUGUUCCGCUGCGGGAUCGCCUAUCCACGCUGCAGGUGGAUCGUGCCCCUGCUGCUGCUAUUCGCCAUCAUCUUCGACAUCAUCGCCAUCGCCGCCACGUCUGGCUGGGUGACGGACGAGGAGGGCAAGACGCACUACGCCAGCAUGUGGGAGCAAUACCACGGACGAAACGACCAGUGGGAGGGCAAGUCCCUCAUGGAGUUCCCGUGGGCGCAAGCAGUGGCGGCCCUUAUGAUCCUCGGCCUCCUUAUCCUCAUCGGCGCCUUCAUCCUUUCCUGCGUAGCUCUAUGCUGCACACUCAAUGUCACACUGCUGCCGGUCAUUGGAAUCAUGCUCAUUGUUGUCGUGGUGCUCCAGAUUAUUGCCCUGAUCAUCUACCCGGUCAAGUUCAACGAGGAGAUCUUUGAGGGUCACUACUACUAUACGUGGGCGUACGGCUUUGGCUGGGGCGCCACACUGCUGUGCAUUGGCUGCGCCGUACUCUUCUGCUGCUUGCCGCGCUAUGAGGACGAGCUCACUGGCCUGGCCAAGACAAAGUACAUCUACACAUCCGCCUAA